CUCAGCACUGCACGCAUGCCCAUCUUUUCUCGGCAUUUAGUGGUGUCAACUCGUUAUUAAUAUCUAGCUUUGACUCCAGGUUCAUUACGUCCUUGUCUAAAAUCAUCAUUACUAUUGUCCAUGUGGCAAAACAAUUAGCAUACUGAUGAGCAGCGAUCUUGUUUCUGAAUAUCAGCUGGAAGAAACUGUGGAAGAGAGAAAGAGAGAGAGAGAGAUAGAGAGAGAGAAGAUGUGUAGUGAAAAGUUGAUUGGAUGAAUGAAGAGAUAUGGUGCUCGUUCCAAACCAUUAGAAGAGUUUUUAGUUGUCAUGGAACAGCUGCACUUUCAAACAGUGGUUUUGUGAAGAAAUUCGAGAGAGAUCAAAAGGACACCAGAUUAUGGUCUUGAAACAUGAGCUGUUAAUUUUCACUGCGUGAAAUGUAUGAUGACAGAUUUUGGAAUGAAAAUUUGAGUUAUCACCAAUCAAGAAACUCUGCAUGAACAUGUAUUCCCUGUGGCCUCACCAUUGUCAGGUCAUUCAUUCCGCUGAAUCCACCAGACGAGCCGCCGAAGCUUCAAAUGCUCAGAUGGAGGUGGAUACAGACGAGAAGCGUCAUCGCACUCGGUCCAAAGGUGUUCGAGUUCCUGUGGAGCCAGUCAUACAAGAGCUGUUCAGCUGUCCCACUCCUGGUUGCGAUGGCAGUGGCCAUGUUAGCGGUAAAUAUGCAAGACAUAGAAGUGUUUAUGGCUGCCCUUUGGCUAAGAAACGGAAAACUCAAGAUAAUAAACCCCAAGAGCCAGCUCCAAAAAGAAAAUCCUUUUCAGCCAAAGCAGACAACUCUUCCGUAGAUGAAUGUUAUGAAACAGAUGGGACGGAGGACAUGGAUGACAAAGGUGAGGAAGAUGACUACUCAGAGGACAAUGAAGAUCAGGAUGAUGAAGAGGAUGAAGAAGUAGAUAGGGAUGAUGAAGAGGAAAUUGAGGAAGAUGAAGAUGACGAUGAUCUGGAGGGGGAUGACAUAGAUGAAGAUGAUGAUGAAGAGGAGGAGGAUGAAGACGAUGAUGAAGAUGAUCAAGACCAUCAUCCAAUGGAUACUCACAGUGGUCGAAUAAUGCAUGACACGGAAAAAGAUGAUAACAAUAACGAUGAAUAUGAUAAUUACGAUGAACUUGUGGCCAAGUCAUUGUUGAAUCUUGGCAAAAUAGCUGAGGAUGCUGCAUACAGAGCCAGGACAGAAUCAGAAAUGAACAGCAAUACAUCUAAUAGUAUGGAAGAUGAUGGUGACAAAAUUGAAAAUAUGGGACGUAAAACUGAGCUUAGUUUAGAUUUGGACAGUGAUGUUGUUCGGGAAACAGUGGAUUCACUUAAAUUGCUGGCACAAGGACAUGGUGUGGUGCUUUCAGAUAACCUCAAUGACAGAAAUUAUAUUGACAAUUCAUCGCAGGAAGAUUCAAGGAAUAUGAACUAUGUGAUGUUAGGAAAGCCAAUGAACAAUGGGCAUGCAGAAAAAAUGGUGGAGGAGAGUGAUGAGGAGGUGUGUUUGAGCAGUUUAGAAUGCUUGCGGAAUCAAUGUUUUGACUUAGCACGAAAACUAAGUGAAACAAACUCGCAUGAUAGGAGUCAACAGCAAAAUGCAGCUAUGCGAGUGUCUAGGCAGGAUGAAGACUACUCUGAUCGAACACCAGACAGGAAUUAUUCAGAUAUGAUGAACUUAAUGAGAAUUGAGGAACAACUGAGCCCCAGAUCAAGAACUUUUUCUAGUUGUGCAAAAGAGGAUGAGUGUAAUGAAAGAGAUGAUGAUACUACCUCCAUCACCUCUGACAAGUCAGAAGAAGUCUUUGACAUGACAAAGGGCAAUUUGUCUCUGCUAGAAAAAGCCAUUGCUCUAGAGAGUGAAAGAGCUAAGGCAAUGAGAGACAAGAUGGCAAUGGAAGCUGGAAGAAGAGACAUGAGGGUCUGUGAGGAUCACACUAUGAGACACCUGUCAGGGGAAGAAAGAAGGCAAAAAUCUAAUGAUGGACAUGUCAAAAAGCCAUGCUAUACAAAAGAUCUAUCUCGAACAGAAAAGAAGGAAAGCAAAUGUCCUACCCCAGGUUGUGACGGUACAGGACAUGUAACUGGUUUAUAUCCACAUCAUAGGAGCUUAUCAGGGUGCCCUCACAAAGACAGGGUACCUCCAGAAAUUCUUGCAAUGCAUGAAAACGUUCUUAAAUGCCCUACGCCAGGCUGCACAGGGAGAGGCCAUGUGAACAGCAACAGGAACUCACACAGAAGUCUUUCAGGGUGUCCUAUUGCUGCAGCAGAGAAAUUAGCAAAAGCUCAAGAAAAACAUCAAAGUUGUGACGUGUCAAAAUCAAAUCAAGCAUCGGAUCGUGUUUUAAGGCCCAUGUGUUUUGUUAAGCAAUUAGAAAUUCCACAGUACGGCUAUAGGAAUAAUGUAUCAACAACAACACCUCGCUCCAACUUGGCCAAGGAAUUAGAGAAAUAUUCAAAGACCACAUUUGAAUAUAAUAAUUAUGAAAACCAUGCCUAUGGGAAGAGGGCUAUAGCUCCCAAGGUACAGUCCAGGGAUAUUUCUCCAAAAGGAUAUGAUGCUAAACGUUACUGUAAGAACUCCAGUCCAACAAGCAGCACAACAAGCAGCUAUGCCCCCAGCAGCAGCAGUAGCAAUAUGAGUUGUGGGGGAGGCAGCAGUGCAAGCAGUACAUGUAGCAAAAGCAGCUUUGACUAUUCCCAUGAUAUGGAAGCAGCGCAUAUGGCAGCCACAGCAAUUCUGAACCUAUCAACUCGCUGCAGGGAGAUGCCUCAGAACCUUUCUACCAAACCUCAAGAUCUGUGCAACAGGAAUCCUGACAUUGAAGUUGAUGAAAAUGGAACACUGGACCUUAGCAUGAACAAACAGAGACAACGAGAUGGUUGCUGCACCAUUCUAACUCCACUGGAACCAAUGUCACCACAACGACAGGCUGUUAUGAAUAGUCAGUGUUACCAAAUGAAUGAGGGAGACUGUUGGGACAUACCAGUAGACUACACUAAAAUGAAACCCAGACGGAUAGAUGAAGAUGAUUCCAAAGAGCUUAAUGAUGAUUUGGACCCAUUCCAUGAUCCUCUCGAUGAACGAAGAUAUCCUGGAGAAGUUACAAUUCCAAGUCCUAAACCCAAAUAUCCUCAAUGUAAAGAGAGCAAAAAGGAUUUAAUAACUUUGUCUGGUUGCCCACUAGCAGAUAAAAGUAUUCGGAGCAUGAUGGCCACAAGUUCCCAGGAACUAAAAUGUCCAACUCCUGGCUGUGAUGGCUCUGGACAUAUUACUGGAAAUUAUGCUUCCCAUAGAAGCCUUUCAGGUUGUCCGAGAGCUAAGAAAAGUGGGAUCAAGAUAGCACAGAGCAAGGAAGACAAAGAAGACCAAGAACCAAUCAGAUGUCCAGUUCCUGGUUGUGAUGGCCAAGGUCAUGUUACAGGGAAGUAUGCUUCACAUCGUAGUGCGUCAGGAUGUCCUCUUGCAGCCAAGAGACAAAAAGAUGGCUACUUGAAUGGAUCGCAGUUCUCCUGGAAAUCUGGAAAGACUGAAGGCAUGUCAUGUCCUACCCCUGGAUGUGAUGGUUCUGGACAUAUUAGUGGUAGCUUUCUCACUCAUCGCAGUUUAUCGGGAUGUCCUAGAGCAACAUCAGCAAUGAAGAAAGCCAGGUUAUCGGGAGAAGAGAUGCUAACAAUAAAGCAGAGGGCAACUAAUGGUAUAGAAAAUGAUGAGGAAAUAAAACAACUGGAUGAUGAAAUAAAGGAGCUCAACGAGUCUAAUUCCCAGAUGGAAUCAGACAUGAUCAAACUAAGAACUCAGGUACUGGACGAGCGUCCUGUUGCUUGCCAAGAACCCUGUGUUGAUGAAUACCAAUUUCAUAUUACCACAAUGGAGAGCAACUUGAAGACCAUCGAAGAGGAGAACAAAGUAAUUGAACAACAAAAUGAGUCUCUUCUCCAUGAGUUGGCAAAUCUAAGUCAGUCAUUAAUCCAUAGCUUAGCUAAUAUACAGCUACCACAUAUGGAUCCAAUCAAUGAACAAAAUUUUGAUGCCUACGUGACCACUUUGACGGACAUGUACACAAAUCAAGAUCGCUAUCAGAGCCCAGAAAAUAAGGCACUUCUAGAAAAUAUAAAGCAAGCCGUACGGGGGAUCCAAGUCUGAUAAGCUGCUCUUUUUGGUGAAGGGUUUUUUUUCUGGUUUGUUUGUUUUUUGUUUGUUUUUUUUCUUCUUUUAAUUUUUUUUUUGCUCGAAAAUUGAGGAUGCCUCUUUGUUUUCUGCUGCUGUAAUUUACCGGAAAGUGUUUAAUAUUUAUUUCAUUUUAAAACAGUGUUAUGCUUACAAGACUUCAUCAAUGAUUUUAUGUCUUGCUUUAAAAAUAGUAACUGCUGAAUAGUUUUUGAAUACAUUCACAUUUUGUACGUUUUCAUAUAAGCUGACAUUGUGUGAUAUGCCAUGUAAUGUUAUAGCUGCUAAUGUAUGCACAUUUUUGAGGUAAAUAUAUUUCAGAAAAAGGGAAAAUGAUGAAGAGAAUCACAGUGUAGAUUUUUUUUAACUUUGGCGAAUCAAUGUUUUAGAACUUUGACUUGGAUAAGACAAAGUCAUCAAAUGAUAUUGUCAUCUGCAACCACUUUCUAAAAACAUUUAUUGGGCCUCUGGUUGUAGAAUUUUGUGAGGUUUAAGAAAUUCAUAUGGUGCGCAUCUUGUUUCACAGCAAGAAUCAAUGUGAAAAUGCUUUAUUUUUUAAGAAUGCUUAAAACAUAAAGAGACUUACUGUUUGAAAGUCUACGUGCAGUCGUGGCAAUUAAAUGAGUUUUUUUUAACUCCACGGAAGAGGACGCAGGAUAGUUUGUAAAAUACAUGAAAGGUAUCUUGCUACGAAACAUCUGAUUCUGAAAAUUCACAUGGAGAAUCAAAGCAGCUUAAAAGCACUUUUCCUUUACAUUUAAGCAUUAUGUGUUUUGAAUAUGGGACAUCCACAUGAUCUAUAUAAGAAGAAGUGGACAAUGAAAUGAUUCCUACUGAUCUUUUUAAAAAAAAACUAAAAAACUUUGGAGAAAUAGCCACUAAUCACCCUCUCACUCCAGGAUCGAUUAGUUUCCCUCUGAACUGCUUGCUAGAAGAAAAAAAGAAAAAAAAAAACACAAAAAUGUACUUGUGCUGGAUUCCUGCAUUUUUGAUCGAGGAUGAAAGACAAUAUUUUUAAUACAUGUUAUGUUGCCUUUUUCAUUGUUUUUAAUUUCAUGGGGGUUUACAAUCAAUGCAAAAAAAGUUAAAAUGAAACCUGAUCCCUUGAAUAAAAUAUCCAACAGUAGAUUUAGAAGAAAAUCUAUAACAUCUAAUUUUGAACAUUUUAACAGGAACGUAUAGUUAACAGAACUAUUUAUUUAUCAUUAAUUGUGCUUUCUGCUUUCUCAUUGAACAAUAUAGGAUUGUUGGUUAAAUCUCCUAUUUGGAUACGUAAUGUGAAGUUAUGUUGUAUUAUCAACUUCAAAACAGCACUUAUUUAUUUUUUGUCUAGCUCAUUUUAAUCCCUUGUGUCCAAAAUUAAAGGCAACACAGAGGAAUGUGUUGCUUAUAUAGUUGUGACGCAAAGGGGUUAAACACAUAUUUUUUAAUUAUUUAUUUUCUUCCAAAACAACUGCACUAUAUGUAUGCAUAAGACCACUUUUUAAGUCAUGUCUGAACAUGUGUUGUGUUUAUAAAGGAUGUCGAAGUUACUUUUAAAAUGGAGUAUCUUUUUCUUUUUUUUUUUUCUUCCAUGUCUUGAUGUUAUGCAGAAAAGUACAAUGUACUUUAGAAUUUUGCUAUGAAAAAAAAAAGAUGAGUUUUUUUAAAAAAUGAUUAAAAAAAAUAUUUUUAGCAGAAUUUAGGACUUACAGGGUCAUUGUCCCCACAAUGUGCCAGUUGACUAUUUGCACUUACCUUGUCCUAUAUAUCCAUAAUAUACGGAGGUGUGCAAUUUUUUUUGUGUCAAUAGCCUUGUGACACUAAUUCUGAACAAAUUACACUGGAAGCCAUGAUGGCUAUAUCAAUAAAAUGGCUAAGGGAGGUUACAGGGAUCUCACGACAAAUAUUCUAAUACAAUAUUCAACCUCGCUAUAUAUAUAUAUAUGUAUAAAUAUAUGUAUAUCCCAGCGGCACUUUAUAAUAUUCACUGUACAAAUGCUUACAGUUUUCCAAGAGGACUUUAAUAACUAGCUGGGAACAGAUUAUGUAAUUACAUUGGGGCUUUGCAGUAUAUAAGCUGCGAAGGACCACUUUUUUUUUUGUGCUAUUAGUUGCAGCUGCCAUGCUCAGAACUGCCUUUUCAAAAGCUGACACAAGGUGUCAUUAUUGAGCACCUUCUGCCAUAUACAUGUUGUACUGCGCCCUAGCCUCUUUUUAGGGAUCUCAUUGUUAAUAAUGCCAUACGCCUUUUCCACUGCAUUGUGUCUGCAGCUUCUUUGCCAAUAUAGUAAUGCUUUCAGUAGAGUAAUAGAUAGUAUCAGUUUGGAAUAUUAAUGUUAUCACCUAUUUACAAUGGAAAGAGAUUUUAAGCACAAACUUGCUGCUCAUUUAACGGUGGUACAUAAUAUCAAAUCAAAACUUAUCUGUGACUAUUAUAUAGGGAUCACAAAAGGUGUCACAUAAUAGAAUGCUGACCUUUCAUAUGAAAUUAUUGUGAGUCAUCAAAGUUUAUUUAUUAUAACGUAUUGUUCAUAUUCAUUUCUAAGUUAAUUUAAGUAAUCAUUUAUUAAGACAGAAUUUUGUAUAAACUAUUUAUUGUGCUCUCUGUGGAACUGAAGUUUGAUUUAUUUUUGUACUACACAGCAUGGAUUUGUUGAUGACAUUUUAAUUUUGCGAUAAAUGUGUGGAAUCACAAGUUGCUGUGAUACUUCAUUUUUAAAUUGUGAACUUUGUACAAAUUUUUGUCAUGCUGGAUGUUAACACAUCUUACUCUAAAUAAAAAAAAAAAAAACGUGUUGCCACAAUUGUAGCACAGUGGAUCUGAUCUGUCAACAUUCUCACCUUACUCAAUGUACUGGCAGCAAAU